UGGGGUCCACUCUUCUGACCCCACGAGGACCUGUACAAAGGUGUCUCAUGGGAAGAGCCUCGUACAUAGCAGAGGCGAAGCCACCUGGCACCUAAGCCGCAGGCUUUCUCAAGGCUUCCAGUGCCUGCCUCGGUUGAAGUCCUCACCCUGCUGCAGUCUGCGGUGUGGUGCUGGACAAAGAGCUCGCUUUGCUCAUCUGUGAGAGCAGACACCCAUGUGCCUCCCUUCCAUAGCAGCCGGACGGUCCGAUGGAGCUUCUGACGCCCUUAGGUGAGCCCCGGGUGGUGCUGGUAGAAGGCCACGGUGAGCAGGCGCAUGGGCUGGGACGCAGAGAUGAGAGUGCCCAGGGGAGAUGCAAGCCCAGCAAGCCGCAGGCUAAGCUGUCGCUGAAGUGGCCUUCCAGGCCGGACCUGUCCCGGCCCGGCAUGCGCCUCUCAGUGCGCAGGGUGCUGCUGGCAGCGGGCUGUGCGCUGGCCGUGGUGCUAGCUGUGCAGCUCGGGCAGGAGGUGCUGGAGUGUCGCGCAGUGUUGGCAGGCCCGCGGAGCCCCCAGCGGGCCAUGAGGCCAGAGAAGGAGGAGCUGGUGAUGCUGGGCACAAACCAUGUAGAAUACCGCUACAGCAAAGCCAUGCCGCUCAUUUUUGUAGGUGGCGUGCCUCGCAGUGGCACCACGCUGAUGCGUGCCAUGCUGGACGCACAUCCGGAAGUGCGCUGUGGCGAGGAGACCCGAAUCAUCCCCCGCGUGCUGGCCAUGCGCCAGGCGUGGUCCAAGUCUGGCAAAGAGAAGCUGCGGUUGGAUGAGGCAGGUGUAACGGACGAGGUAAUGGACUCUGCCAUGCAGGCUUUCAUCCUGGAGGUGAUCGCCAAGCACGGUGAGCCAGCACGUGUACUGUGCAAUAAGGACCCCUUCACACUUAAGUCUUCCGUCUACCUGUCACGCCUGUUCCCCAACUCCAAGUUCCUGCUGAUGGUGCGGGACGGCCGGGCCUCUGUGCACUCUAUGAUCACACGCAAGGUCACCAUUGCUGGCUUUGACCUCAGCAGCUAUCGUGACUGCCUCACCAAGUGGAACAGGGCCAUCGAGGUGAUGUACGCACAGUGCAUGGAGGUGGGCAAGGACAAGUGCCUACCUGUGUAUUAUGAGCAGCUGGUGCUGCAUCCCCGGCGCUCCCUGCAAGUCAUCCUGGACUUCCUGGGCAUUGCCUGGAGCGAUGCCGUCCUGCACCACGAAGACCUCAUUGGCAAGCCUGGUGGCGUCUCCCUGUCCAAGAUCGAGCGGUCCACGGACCAGGUCAUCAAGCCUGUGAACCUGGAAGCGCUGUCCAAGUGGACUGGCCACAUUCCUGGGGAUGUGAUGAGGGACAUGGCCCAGAUAGCCCCCAUGCUGGCUCGGUUAGGCUAUGACCCGUAUGCAAACCCACCCAACUAUGGCAACCCCGACCCCUUCGUCAUCAACAACACACGCCGGAUCUCUGCAAAUGGCUUUCUUGCCAAGAAGAGGAAAAGCCACGUUCCAGUGGAAAUCAGGCCUCUAAUCCAAGCAUAUUGCUUGCUAUUAAUUGCCAAAACAGAACUGCUAAUGAGGAAUGUAUUUGCAUAUGUGUGCAAAAGCUGAAUCAUUGAAAAUGAACCUUGAGACUCUCUUUGGACAUUCCCAGCUAGAGAGCAAAGAGUGUGAAAAGAAGUCCGGUUUUUGAAACCUAGGUAUUUCAUAUUUUUCCCCUCAAGAACUUUUUUAAAGAAGUGGAUUUGCCAUCUCCUUAAUUUGCAGGACCGCCUUGGUGGCUUUGUUUGCUGAGACAAGGCCCACAACCUGUGCCUCGCCUGUUGACCCUUACUUUGAAUUCAAAGAAUCUAUUUAAAAAUCUUAAUAUAUGAGACUUUCUUUGAUUUCUCCACGAUUCUAUUCAGUUUAACAGAGAUAAAGAAAUUAUUUGAAUAAAGUGAACAGAGGCUCA